ACGCAUAGUACAUAGUUUAAUUUACUUUCUCUUAAAAUGGCACAAGUUAAUGGUGAACUCUUCACCACCCGCAUGAGAAAGGCAACUCGGAAAAUACAUUCAGUGAGUGAUGCACUCGUAAAUGCGAAAUUUGCUAUUUCAUUGAGAGAUGAAAAAGUAUGGGGUGGAGGAUUAUUUGUCUUUUAUCACAUUUUCGCCUACUUGGAGGACGCUAAGAAGAGGUUGAACAUGCCUGAUUUUGACAAAUUAUUUGUGAACAAAAUUUUAUAUAGAAAACAUGCCUUUGAAGAAGACCUAACUCAUUACCUAGGUAAUGAGUGGCACAGAUUACCAAAAUCAGCUGCUCUGGAAAAUUAUUUAGAACAUUUGCAAAGCCUGGAGAAAGAAAAUCCCCAGUUGUUAAUGGCAUAUGUUUAUCAUUUGUAUCUUGGCUUGCUUAGUGGUGGCCAGAUUUUGUCUAAAAAGAGGAAGAUGUUUGGGGAUAAAACUGCUCCAUCAGACACAUAUACAGACAAAGUUACCGACUUCACAGGAGUUGAUAUAGCCCAGUUGAAAGAUGAUUUCCGCGCGGCCAUGAACCAAAUAGCGGAUCACAUGACGGAUGAAGAACAACAAGCAUUUAUUGAAGAGAGUAAUCAAGUUUUCUUAAUGAAUAAUUUGAUAGUUAAUUCUGUUGGAGGGCAAAAUAAAGUCUUGUACAGUUUGUUGUAUAAGACUUCAGCGGUUUUAUUGCUUUUGGCCAGUGUUGUUAUGGCAUAUAGAAUGCAUAAAUAGUUGAAAAUCAUAAUAUUGUAGUUUUUAAAGUUGUGUUUAUUGUUGACUGAAGUAUUUAUGUUAUUCUCUUAUAUACAUUUAUGAUAGAAGAUGAUACUCAUUUUUUUGUGGUAAAAAGCUGUAAAAUGAACAAGUUAUAUUAUAUAAAAUGUUGAUUAAUAGGUUUAAAAAAGCGAUUGUUACACAUGGUACAUGGAUAUUUAAUUAUUUCUUAUAUUGUUAAAAGUAUAACGAUUUUUAAAUUACAUAAUAUAAUUUUAUAUUCAAGUUUUGUUUGUUUUUGUGUUAGUUGAUUUUGCAUAGAGGUAGUAAUUGUUCUUCAACAGUGAUAUUUAAACUGUUUAGUCAGCUUCCUAUAAAUGUGAUUAUAUAAUUUAAGUAAAAGAUUGUAGACCAGACAUUAUUAUUUUAUUAAAGACUGAUUCAAUA